UUAUCCAUAGUCAACAUCGCAAUGGCGACGUACAGUGAAACACGAAUUGAGGAUUGCGUAGAGUAUUAUUUAUUCCCUUGCAUUGAUGGUGAUAAAUGUUCGAACGAAAAACUGAAUGAGAAACUAAAUGAAACACUUGAAGCAGUUAUGGUCGAACUUAGUCCUCUUUUAGUUGAAUACAUGUGGCAGAAUGAGCACUUUAAUUUACAGAGUGGAAAUGAAGACCUACUACCUGCUUGCCUGCAGGGAUCAACACAAUUUGGAAACAACAUAGAAGAUGAAUGGUUCAUAGUGUAUCUGCUCCUGAAACUCACUAAGGUGUUUGAUGGAAUGAUAGCAAAGAUUUCUGAUAAUGAUGGAGAGUUUCUGCUUAUAGAGGGCGCUAACAGUUUGCCUAAGUGGUUAAAUCCAAACACAAGUACAGACAGGGUCUAUUUAUAUCAAGGCGAAAUUCACAUCAUCCCGCUUCCAGUCACACCUGCUGAAAUGACAUGGUUACCGCCUGGGUCAUUGACAGUACAGCAGGCUGUUCACAUCAUCAGAGGUCAUCCAGACAGGACAUUAGCCAGCAAACCUAUCAGAGAUGCUAUCUACAGAAGACUACAAGGCUAUCCGGGAAAGAUACAUCAACAGAUUCACCGUGCCCGGUGUUAUCUUCCUGCAAAGGCAGCCACAGUGCUGCAACACUACCCCAGUUUAGUUGCACAAGCAGCUCAAGCUUUCUGUCACCGAGAUCCGAUAGACAUGAAGGCUUGCAGGUUUAUGAAAUUCUUUCCACCUGAAGACUUAGUAUUGUCACAGGUGAAGUUUACAAGAUGCCUUUAUGCAGAACUGGUCCAUCACAGAUUCCAGCCCCCACUCCGCAGUGGAUGGAAGAUCCCAUCAUCCUCUAGUCCAAAACACAAGUCACAUGAUCUGGGCAUAAAAUUGGCAUAUGGUCUUGAAAUUUUAUGCUCUCGAUGUCGAAGUCCUCCAGCAAAGUUAGACCCUGAAACCAAAGAAGAUGCCAUUUGGAACAGCUCUCUCUGGCAAAGGUAUUUAGAAUCCCUCAAACAGAAAGGAUAUUUCCGUGGUGAGAUAGAGGGCUCUACGCUGUACACAACCUUGCUCUCUUCAGCCAAGAAGUUUUACCUGGAAACGGUAAACGAAGGAACUAGAAAUAUAUCUGAUCCUGGAUACAAAGUACUGGAGAUUCUUCAAACUGUAACAUGUAAUGUGGAAGAGCUGUCAAAGAAGGAGAAACACUUGCCAGUAGAUGAUGAUGAAAGCUGGUUAACAUUAACAGCGGAGGAGCUGGACAAGUUGAUAGAGUCUGCUGCAGGUAGGCCUCUCAGGAAUCCCACUGCAACCAUGCAAGAAAAUGAAACUGACCCAGAAGAAGUUGACUUCAGUCCUGAUCUCCUGACUGACACCAUGAAAUCAUUUGUUGACAAGGUGUCAAGUUUUGAGGGUGCUGAAUUCCCAAAGGACUCAGAGAGCGCCCCCAUAAGUUUUGAUGCCGAAUCCUUCGAACAAAUUGUCAAGAAUCUGUUAGAAUACAGAACACCUGUUGAGAAAGAUGAAGAUUCCGAUGACUUCUUAUCAUCUGAUGAUGAGAGUGAUGAUGAUACAACUGAUGCUGUUUCAUGUACUGAGACUGACCUCCCAAGUGGCAUCGAAUGUAAUGGAACAGAAGUGGAAGAAAUCAGAGAAUUGAUGAGUGCUAUGGACCAGGAAUUAGGGGCAACAACAAUCGGGGAAAGCUUUGAAAAAGAACCACAGAAUGUCAGCCAUGAAGAAUUAGGUGCAGAUGGCGAAGAGAAGGAUGAAUUGAGACCUGUUGAGGUGGAUUUAAAUCUGUUGAAGAAUCUUCUGGAGUCUUACAGCUCACAGAAUGGUCUUGCUGGCCCAGCGUCUAAUAUCCUACACUCGAUGGGGAUUAAACUGCCUGAUAACGCUGACGAUACUUGAAGCUGAUGGUGGAUAUCUUCUGGUUGAGUUCUACUAACAUUUGAUAUGUUCUGUUCUGAUUGGCCAAACGUUAAUAAUAUCUUGGUUUGAAUGGCACCGUGGAAAUUCCAUCGGGCCUAGGGAAUCUUAAAGACAGAGUCCCCUAAACCCAGGCACAUACUUUUUUAACCGGUGCUUCCGUCAGCUGACAAAUCUAACUCUCUCUGAGUGCUUGACAAUGUAACAUCGUCUGCUGAUUGUCAGUGGCAGAUUGAGCAUCACAACAGAGCAUUAAAAACAGUUCAUUGUGCAUGCCACCUCAGCCAAAGACCAUUGGGCCUGGCUUAAGAAACAAAAGUAACACAGUAAAUGGAAGCACAGAGAGCCGAAACUCUCACAGUGCAGGUUGCCUGUGUCCUUGGGCAAGGCACUUUAUCUAUCUGUGCUUUUUCUCUCUCUACACAGAAGUAUAAAUGGCUACCGGCAUAUGCUUGGAAGAUAACAGACUCGCUGUGAGGAGGACUGGUGAUCCCCCUCAAGCAUUGCACAGUCUGGGCCCAACACUUAAAGAGGGAUGGGCACUUCAGACCAGUACAGGUUCGACUGCCUUUACCUUUACUUUUUAAUGUAAAUUGAAAAUCUAUGUUAUCUAUGAACAGUGUAUUCUAAGUACUGUAUAAGCAUGAUGAAAACGCAAUGAACUAAAUGUCAUCUUCUGUUCUCUGCAGCCUGUUAGUCCUACGCGAAACAUUAACAUAGAAUGAUUUUUAUUCCAUGUUUCUUUAACAUAGGCUGGAAUUUCGUCAUUAACAUACAGUAGUUGGUUUAUACAGUAGAUAGCUGGAUGUAAAUAAUCGAUUGUUACAUAUUGUUACAGAACAGUUCUAAAUUUAAUAUGUCAAGUUUCUUAUGAAAUAGAUGUGCAAUCAUAUAA